GGGGCGUAGCCGUCGCCGUACGUUUUCCAUCCAUUCAUCGGCCGAGAGAAUCGUCGGGUGGCAGAAGAGAAAUCUCUUUUGAAAUUUUCGAGUUCCAGCCGAUUCAUCUGUGGAGAGUUGAUUUCCGACUGCCGCUCGAAUCUCCAGGCAUAUCAGCAGAAUGGAUCACAGUCACCACCACCAUCAUGCACCGGCACCAUCAGCCUCCACAGUAGCGCCUCUUUUGGGCGCUGCCGAGGAAAGCGCGACAGGGAUGCCUCCCAUGGAUAUGUGCUCUCAUCUAGAUAUGGGCCACCACAUGAUGUCUAUGACCUUCCACUUUGGCUACUGCGAGAAUGUCUUGUUUGAUUGUUGGAAAGUGCGCAGCGUGGGUUCGCUCAUUGGUUCCAUGAUAGGAAUCAUGAUCCUGGCUGCUCUCUACGAAGGACUGAAAUACUAUAGGGAAUACCUUUUCUGGAGGUCGAACAAUUCCAUUCAGUACAGGUCGGUGACUCCUCCUGAAAAAGCAGGCAAUGCUGAAGAGGCCAGAGUAGUUCACAUGGUGCCAGAGAUCAUUCACCGUCAGCCACCCACAAUGCUGAGUGGCGUCCACGCCUUUCAGACUGCGCUGCAUGUGGUGCAGCUCGUCAUCAGCUACUUACUGAUGCUCAUCUUUAUGACUUACAAUGUUUGGCUCUGUCUUGCGGUCAUCGUCGGUGCAACAGCUGGUUAUUUUCUCUUCGGCUGGAAAAAAUCCGUCAUUGUCGACGUGACCGAACAUUGCCACUGAAAAUUGUGAAAAUCCUGUAGGAUUGGAAUCUGGAUGAGGCUCGUAAAGGUGCAAGAUCAAUAUUCGUGCAGCACAAAGCUGCUUUAGAGGCAUUGCUGUUGUCUAUAUAUUUGUGAUACCUCGUGAACUAAAAGACGCCCUCAUUUCAUAAGUUGUAUUUUAUUAUUUCUUAACUAUGUUUACUUGUUUCUUGCUGGAUAUUUUUGCAGUACUUAGUGUAAAUUUGAAAAAGUAGGACCACUUCUAGCUAUUAAUUUAAAUUUUUUACUUCUCAGUUGAACUCGAUUUCCAAUGUUAUUGCUUCAAUGGAGAAUUAUUUUGUAAAUAAAAUUUUAUCUGCACAAACUGAAAACGUUUUGAGGUGUGUUCUUCACAAUAUUUUAACCUUAAACUAACGAGAAGUAUCAUAAAAGCUUUUGCUAAUUUUUGAGCCAACUUUAUUGAAAAGCUACCCUGGUAACAGUAAACAUAAAAGACGUUUCACUGACGUGAGAUACAAAGUUUAUUGGCCAUCCCGAGAUUACAGCUCUGACUGAUUGCGUUCACAAGACUGAAGGUGUCUUUGCUGGCUAUCUAGAAUUUUGCACACGACUUGUCACUUAAGUGCCGUGUGCAAAUCGUCAGGGACAGACAGCUGAUUAUUAAUUGAAUCUCAAUUUCCUAUCAUGUUUUUUGUCAAACUAUCUAAAAAAUUGAAAACAGUCCGUGCCUGUUGCACACGACACCAAAUUUUGCUCUCGGCUCAGAUUUUUCAAUGUGAUAAAACUCAGAAUCGGAUCAGCUCGGUUUCUUACUAGAGACUGCAUGGAAUGCAACUUGCCAACUUCUUAUUGAAAUGAUACACCUAAAAUGAGCUAAAUUUACUGUUUCAAAUUUUAGUAAUUAUGUAAAUUUUUUCUGAAAAUGAUUAAAUGUAUACUUUGAUAAAUGCAAACAACGAUUGUUUGAUAAAUAAUAUAUAAUUUUAAAAUAACUUAUAAAUUUAUAAAAGACCAACCUCUAUCUAUUAGAAUUAGCCCUUUUCUUAUCUGUUUAUUAAAAUAUAAAAGUAUUUAAAUACAUAUAUCGAAGUGGUCAAUCGCACUUGGCAAUAGGGAGAUAAGAUUGGCAAGAAGAACGGCUACAGUGGAGAUAAAAUAUUUCUGAUCAGAGAGCCUUUCAAUAUAAAUAGUGUCCAAGCGCAAGCUCACAUCAUACCAUCACUCAUUUUUAUUUUGCCCUGGGAAAUUUGCUGCCUAGCACGCCACAACCAAAAUGAAUGAUGAUGAGUGUGGGAUGAUGAUGUACUUUCAUAUUCGCUACUGCGAAAAAGUUGUUCUUUUCGAGGGCUGGGAGAUCAGAGACGAAGCCCAAUUGAUCGGAACGAUGAUCGCAUUUAUUGUAAUGGCGUUUUUACACGAGUGCGUUCGCCACUAUAGGGAACACCUGUACGCAAAAUGCAGAAUCCCUCAAUGCGAUACGCAUGAUGCUGACACAAAAUAUGGAACUUCUUCCCAGCAAAAA